AUGCACCGGGGAGUAGGUCCGGCCUUUCUGUUGGGUAGGAAGAUGGCGGCCUCUGGCAUGGAGACGCAGAUCCUGGUACAAUAUUUGGUGUUACGAAAGGAUCUCUCACAGGCUCCGUUUUCCUGGCCAGCGGGCGCAUUGGUAGCACAGGCUUGUCACGCAGCCACCGCCGCCUUACACAUUCACCGCGACCACCCGCACACGGAAGCUUACCUCCGGGAGCUGGGGCGCAUGCGCAAAGUGGUCCUCGAGGCCCCAGAUGAGACCACCUUAAAGUUGCUGGCUGAGACACUGCAACAGAAGAACGUUGACCACAUGCUGUGGCUGGAACAACCAGAGAACAUCCCCACUUGCAUUGCACUCCGUCCCUACCCCAAGGAAGAAGUGAACCAGUAUUUGAAGAAGUUUCGAUUAUUCAAAUGACUGAUGUCUUCAAUUGCUGAUAUGUUUGAGUAUCAGCUAGAUCCAGAAACCGCAUGCCAUCCAUCCCUAAGCAGCAUGUACUCCUUUCAGUCGCAACUCCCUCUUCCCUUUAAAUUAUGGCAGUUUCCUGACACAUGUUCAUAUUAAACACGUGUUCAUAUUAAAGU